ACUAAAUCCAUGUGACUCAACUCUUCCUCCUUUAAUCUUCUUCGUCUUCUCCAGCUAGGCCUGUCACACCAGUCAGUCUUCUCCUUCUUCUUCCUCACACUUCAACUCCACGAAUGCUUCAAUCUCCGAUUACUAUAAUCAAUUGCUGGUUUUCUUGAUACUAAUUUCGAUUUCUUGAGCUGGUGAAAUAAACACCAUCACCAUGAUGGGCUCCGAGAACCACCAGGACCAUCAGUACGGUGGCUCGAAAGACGAGAUGGAGAGUCUCGUCCUCGACGACACGCCGUUGAACAACGGCGGUGCCACUAAAUCGUCGUCGUAUGCCAAUUACCGCAGCGCCAUGUCGUCGCUCUCCGACACGCACCACCCGCUCGCGUCCCCAAUCGACGCCGCUACUGCGGCGGAUUCCGAUCCCCUUCUGACGGCUCCACUGCCGUUCCGAGAUCUCCGAAACCCUAACGGCGCCGACUCGUACGUCGACCAGCCGUCCUACGCCGACGUGGUGUUCAGUCCGUUGGACGGCGAGACGAUCGGCGAAAUCAACGGCGUCGAGAGCCCGAGCAAGAGCUCCGACCAUUCCAGCUCGUACUCGCUUUCGCGAUCUCCGUCGUCGAGCUCGGACUAUAUCAAAAUCACGGUGUCGAAUCCUCAGAAGGAGCAGGAGUCCACGAAUUCUGUUAUUCCCGGAGGAAACACUUACGUCACGUAUCUGAUCACGACGAGGACGAACAUUCCCGAGUUCGGCGGAUCGGAAUUCGGCGUCCGGCGGCGGUUUCGGGACGUGGUGACGUUAUCGGACCGGCUGGCGGAGGCGUACAGAGGGUUCUUCAUUCCGCCGCGGCCGGAUAAGAACGUUGUGGAGAGCCAGGUGAUGCAGAAGCAAGAGUUUGUUGAGCAGAGAAGAGUGGCAUUGGAGAAGUACUUGAGGCGGUUAGCGGCUCACCCUGUGAUUAAGAAGAGUGAUGAGUUGAAGGUGUUUCUGCAAGUUCAGGGGAGGUUUCCGCUGCCGAUGACUACUGAUGUUGCUUCUAGAAUGCUGGAUGGGGCGGCUAAGCUGCCGAAGCAGUUGUUUGGUGAGAGUGCCCCGGUGGCUCCACACGAGGUGGUUCAGCCGGCGAAAGGUGGGAGGGACUUGCUGAGGCUGUUUAAGGAGCUGAAGCAGUCAGUGGCUAAUGACUGGGGAGGUUCGAAGCCGCUGGUGGGGGAGGAGGAUAAGGAGUUUAUGGAAAAGAAAGACCACAUGCAGGAGCUCGAGCAACAACUCAGCAAUGCAUCACAGCAGGCUGAAUCACUUGUAAAAGCUCAACAAGACAUGGGAGAGACUAUGGGAGAGUUAGGACUAGCAUUUAUAAAACUGACCAAAUUUGAGAAUGAGGAGGCCUUGUUCAACUCUCAAAGAAUACGAGCUGCUGACAUGAAGAAUGUAGCAACUGCUGCUGUAAAAGCCAGCCGAUACUAUCGAGAAUUGAACUCUCAGACUGUCAAACAUUUGGAUACAUUCCAUGAGUAUCUUGGGCUAAUGUUAUCCGUCAAUGGUGCAUUCUCGGAUCGAUCUAGUGCUUUAUUGACAGUUCAGACUCUUCUAUCAGAAUUGGAUUCAUUGCAGUCAAGGGCUGAAAGACUUGAAGUUGCAUCAAACAAAAUAUUUGGUGGUGACAAAUCAAGGACUCGCAAACUAGAGGAGUUAAAUGAAACCAUAAGAGCUACCGAGGAUGCGAAGAAUGUAGCAAUCAGAGAAUAUGAAAGAAUUAAGGAAAACAACAGAAGUGAACUUGAAAGGCUUGACAGCGAGAGGCAUGCCGACUUCUUGAACAUGUUGAAGGGGUUUGUGCAUAAUCAGGUGGGAUAUGCCGAGAAAAUAGCAAACGUGUGGUCCAAGGUCGCCGAGGAGACUAGUUCGUACGCAAGAGAGAGCUCUUGAACCCCUCUGGCUGUAAAUCAAGUUUUCGCCUUUUCUUUCUUUCCUUUAGAUUUAAUUGAUACCACUUGAAAGGAAAAUUCCAUUACAUUCAUAAGAAAUAACCAAAAAAAAAAAAGGGAGCCGUUGAUGGUUCAUAAGUUUAUGUUUCCCAAGGUUGUAUCUUUUACAUAGUUAAUUACACGCUUUUAGAGUUCAUACUGUAAAUUGGUGCUUCUUAUUUGAUAUUUGGUACUUCUAAUCUGCCUGAUUGUGGAAAAUGGGCUGGUAUGGGAAUGAAUUUGUGGUGGGAUAUCUUUGUUCAUAGAAUGAGUGUGCUUCAAUUGUUUGGUAACUUUCUUCUCAUGCUUUAAGAUGGCCAGUUGGGCUUUGCAUCCCUUUGGAGUCUCUUCA